AUGGAUUUGAUCGUUGCUACAAUUCUUUUAAGUUUACUUAUUCAUUUCUUUGACAAAUACUUCAAAGAAAAGGCCAUUAACGGGAUUUACCAAGUUUAUUUAGCCUGUAGUAAAAACGAAGAGCUAAAGAAAAACAAAGAUAUUUUCAAAGAGCUUUUAAGCUUGAAGAAAGAGUUGAAUCGCACAAGCAGUCAAGAUGAGUUUGCCAAAUGGGCUCGUUUGAACAGAAAGUAUGAAAAGCUGAAUCAAGAGUUAGAAAACCAGUCUACCGUUGUUCAAAGAUUCCAGGAAACAUUCAAAAAAUUCGUUAGUAUUGUGCUUUGGAUAUUGACUAGAGGAUUCCGAUUCUACAUGCAGUACAAGAAGUCCAAAGCACCUGUCUUUUUCUUACCAGCGUUUUUACUUCCCCCUUGGGCUUUGUGGUUUUUGUCUCUUCCACGAUCUAAAUAUGGUUCUGUCAGCUUGACCGUAUGGAACUAUGCAGUGGGAAAGACAAUAUCUUCUUUCCUUUAA